AUGUCCAUGGUACAUAGGAACUCGACGUAUCGACGCAUUCAGACCUUCCUCGAGUCCAACCGAUACGAGCUGCUGAUCGCCAUCCUGCUGUCCUUUAACGUGCUUUGGAUGGCCGUGGAGCUCCAACUCUCAGGGACGAUCGUGGGACAUGAUUUGGGUCUCUACAUGAGUGCGUUGGUGGAGGCUGACUGGCGCAGCCGCCAGGAGAUUUUCCCGGUCGGCGACCUGAUCUUUACGGUCAUCUUUGCGCUUGAUGUUGCUAUUCGCAUCACCGUUCUUCGCCGGGCAUUCUGGAGAGUUGGGAUGAACUAUUUGGACCUCGUGGUCACGAUCAUCUCCGUCGUCGAAGUGGUGGUUGUGUACUCAACACCGACACUGCUUGAGGAUGUGAACGUCAACCCGGUUCUGUUCCGCCUGCUCCGACUGGGCAAGUUGGCGCGGGCUGUGCGGAUGGUCACGAUGAAUAGCGUGCUGAACUCCCUUCAGAUCCUGACCAGGUGCUUGGCUUCGAGCACCACGAUGCUGUUUUGGAGCUUCUGCCUGCUCACAUUCUUCCAGUGCGUGUUUGGCAUGGUGGCAAGCACAUUGUGCCGGGAUUUUAUCACUGAUGACACUCAAAAUCUCCAGAUGCGAGAAGAGGUCUUCCUCUACUUUGGCACAUUCACGAGAACUUUUCUGACGAUGUUUGAGAUCCUCUUCGCAAAUUGGGCUGUGCCAUGCCGCCUCCUCAUGGAGAACAUUAGCGAAUGGUUCUCGACGUUCUUCCUGCUCUACAGGUGUCUCCUGGGUUUCGCAGUGCUCAACGUGGUCAAUGCCGUCUUCGUGCAGCAGACUAUGAAAAUCGCAAGCUCCGAUGAGGAGCUGGCGUUCAAGCAGAAGGAGAAGGAGCUGGCCAGCUACACUCGCAAGGUCAAGAAGCUGUUUCAGACGAUGGAUGCCAGCGGUGAUGGAGCCAUAAACUUUGAGGAGUUCUCGAAGUUGGUCCAAUCACCAAUGCUCAAGUUCUUGCUGAGCCAGCUGGAUUUGGAGUACCAUGAUUUACUGAGCCUCUUUGAAUUUCUCGACAAUGGAGACGGGCAGAUUACGCUAACCGAGUUCAUUGAUGGUGCGGCCAAGCUUCGUGGGACAGCGAAGGCUUUGGACAUCUGGCGCAUGGAGACGAAGAUCGAGGUCCUGUUUGGCGAAGUGCUCGCCGCCAUCCGAGGGCCCGGUGGCGACAGCACUGACGUCCGCGAUGUGUUCGAGAGGCUGCAGUACCGGAAUCUGACAUUUGCCACCGAUGGUAUUAAAGAGCGUACCGGAGCGACUCCCUGGGUCGAGUUUACAGCUUCCAAGAUCCAGGCCUGCUAUCGCUGGCAGCUGCGAGUGGCCUGCGUGCAGCCCGGGCACGAGGAUCUUAUUCAAGAACGUGCGUUGAAGAUGGGGUUUCCAGGGCCAACCUGCCGGUACCCAGUUCAGAGGAAGGCACUUGGCGAGGUUGAAAAGGUCUACGACGGAACGAUUACCUCUCCAAGGUGCAGCUGCCACUGCUGCGUCGUGGAGCGUCGGCGACCUGAUGAAGCUGGAGGCCAGCACAUGUCGAAGUGUGCUGCGCCGGCGAGCCUUGCCGGCUCAUGCGCCUCUGAGUGCACAGCUGUGGAUGACGAGGUCUUCACUCACGUGACAAUCGUGGACAUGGACAGGUACUGCUUUCACCGCUGUCAGCCCGAGGGAACACUGCAGCCAUCCGAGAAGGUGGCUCUGGCGGAGAAGUUUGGCGGCUCCGACUCCUACCAUGGUGGCUUCAGCGUAGACGCCCCUUGCGUGAAAGUGCCGCACAGCCUCGAGAACUUGGCCAUGGAUCCCACCGGGAACGGAAAGGACCACCUGCUGCCAGAGGCAGUUCCUGACUUAGAGGUGAUACAGCAGCGAUAG